ACAUUAUUUACGCUUUUCAUUUCACUGUCCACUGUAACAAUCAAAUAUAUUGUCCUCAAUGCUGUUUAAUGCAAAUUUUUCAGUAAUUCUGGUGCACACGAUUCUCAAGCCGGAAACCUGUCACCACGUGUGCAGCUGGAUAGUUGACAUGUGCACGAGCAGCUGCGUUGACAAGUUGGUGGUCGUCAGCGCUCUGAGGGUCGAUGUCGUGUCCAGUCACGUGUUCAGUCACGUGUCACGAGCUCCCAUCUACGAGAAGACGAUCAACGACAUGCCACUUACGAAAUGUCUUUCACUUCCGGGCGAGUCGCGAAUAACUUACCCUUUCCUCAGCACGCUCAUACAGAUGGUGCACGUGGGUUUUGUGCCCACGUGUUUCCUUGUGGUUCCCGCUCACAGGGCCUGGGCGAGAACAGCGCGGGACGAAGACGGCAGCAAGGAGGUAAUAAGAACAUUUCAGAGAACCAUUAAUGGUGCGACAAAAAUCAGCUUUGAUGAGGAGCUCUCGUUUAAAUUGAUUUAUAAAGGAGAGAAAAUUACCAAUAGUGCCUCGACGAUUUACAACUGAAGAAAGACAGUCUCGCUGACAUGUAUGGUUUGAAUGCUGAAAGGAUAUGCAUAGUUUUAAUAUUUGCUGAAAAGGAUAUGUAUGGUUUGAUUUCGUGCUGACAAAGACAUGUCAGGUUUGAAUCUUUGCUGAAAAGAAAAUGCAUGAUUUGAAUGCUGACAAGGACAUGAAUGGUUUGAAUGCUGACAAAGACAUGUAUGGUUUGAAUGUUUGCAGUCUCGCAGACAAGGACCGUGUCCGUUCUGAGCAACUGUAGUGGUGAUGUGACUUCAUAACGCUAUUGAAAUAGUCGUGUACAGCGGUAGUGGUGAUGAAACUUCAUUACGUUAUUGAAAUAGUCGUGUUCAAUGGUAGUGGUGAUGAGACUUCAUAACGUUAUGGAAACAGUCGUGUACAACGGAAGUGUUGAUGUGACUUUAUAACCUUUUAGACAUGGUCAUGUGAAUGUACAACAAUAAUGGUGAUGUGACUGUAUAACGUUAUAGAAAAAGUCAUGUGCAACGGUAGUGGUGAUGCGACUAUAUUACAUUAUAGACACUGUCGUGUAUAAACCCCUAGUCAUAUUGUAUGAAGCCAUUGAUAUGAACUGGGGUUUUAUCAUAUGUUUUACCUUUUCUUUAAAUACUUGUCUUGGCAUCAUCAUUCCAAUAGUCAGUGAGUUUAAACAAACAUAAUAAGUAAACAUAUGCGUAUGGAUCUGACUUUUCACAGAUCCCAUUACAUAUAAAUCAAAUAAUGUUUGUUACUUGCAACUUUGAUCGGAAAUGUGGAAAUCGUUCUUUCUUGUUUAAGUUUACUUGGAGACUAUCUGUUCCGAGACGCACUUUCACCUCGAUUAUUUAGAACAUAAAUACAUUGUCCAUAUCUUAAAGCACGGCAUUUAAUUAAUGAAUAUAUAUAUUUUAUUUAUACCUUUGUAUUGCACGAUAAUCUUCGAAAUUAUCAUUAUUAUUCGCAUUUUUCACUUUAAAUCGUCUUCACGUUUCUCCACUGUCCGCCAUCGUUGUUGUUGUUGAGUUUCUAGGUUCCUCCGAUGACUUUGCGAAGUACCCAAAACGAUAGGUCGACUUGGUCGAUAAAUGGCUGGCACACGCGAAUAUUUAACAUUAUAAAACUUUCGCAAGUGGAAGACGCAACAAUGGUCACGUUACCACGAAAUUUUAACACGCUAAGAUAUGGAAUUACUUAAAAGGCGUGGAAUGUUGACUAGUGGGCAAUUUGUACAUAGCAACACACUGCGGUGUUUACAUAUAAUAUAAAUGUUCUAUAUUUAAGCAUCAAGUAAGAAAGCUGCACUAUUUUUAGCAGACGUUAGGUUAAUUUUCAGUCAAAUAUUCUGUUUUCAAUAGUUAAUAUAAAUAAGUGAAACUCCAGCUGCUGGAGCAGUAUUGAAUUGUUAUCAUAAACAAUCAGUUGAUUCUUUAUUUAAGGCAAGUGACCAAUUGCCCAAACAGUACAAACAGCACAAUACAAAACAACAUAAACACAAAUAAGAAUAAAGCUGGGGUCACCGCCUUGGAACGGUCAAUGCAAAGCAAAGUCAUAUAGGUCUAGUUAACGAUUAAAAAGUGUUAACCAUGCGAGCGUUCCAUAAGUGGUCCCAGCCGUUAUUUUGACCCGUUUGUCGAUCACACAGUCAAAAGAGUCCAACUUUGGGUCAUAGUGACCAAUUUUUGGUUACAGUGACCGAUUUCGUGUCACAAGUGGAACGCUGCGGGUAUAUAAAGUGACCAAAAUUUGCUCACAGGAGCAUUCUAGUUAUCAUCUUUAAAGCGGUAACAUCUAUCACGUUUGUUCUGUAAAAAGUAAGUUUAACAUGAAUAAUGGUAACAUGGUUUUUGGACCAUUGAAUGUUUAGAUAUAAAAAAUAGCUCGUACCGAGUUCUUUUAAUUACUGAGUCGUUCAACUACGUAUUCCAAUUUUAACUACUUUAAUACUUUAAAGAAGUGCCAUUGAAUCUUUUUAAUUCAUUAUUAUUAUGUUAGUGACUAUGCUACUUUGUCAGGGACGUUAAG